AUGAAGUGGUACACCGCAGGCAGCGCUCUGCUCCUGUCUCUUCAGGCAGCGGCAUGGGACUACUCAACCUAUUCCUCGAUGGACUUCCAGCCUCCCAAGCUGGAGGUUAACAAGACUGGAACAACCGAUCCCGGAUACAUCUUCCUCGGUCCUCGUGGUGGCGUCCAGGCGGCUGGUUCCGCUGCGCUUAUAUACGACGAUGCAGGUAAUUUGGUAUACGAAGGCCCCGAAGAGGUCACUGCCAACUUCAGAGUGCAGAAGCUCGAUGGCGAGGAUGUUAUCACCUUCUGGGCUGGUGAGAUGAUGGACGUUGGCUACGGUUAUGGCUCGGUUCAUAUUCUCGACAACACGUACAAGGAGAUCUACACCGUCACUCUCACUGGCACCUUUGUAACUCCCGAUAACUCUCAGAAGGAUAGUUACUGUGACCUCCACGAGAGCGAGAUCACUCCCAGUGGCACCAUCAUCUGCACCGCGUACAAUGUCACCCAGCACGACUUGACAUCGAUCAACGGGACUUCCUCUUCUUAUAUGUUGGACAGCCAGUUCCACGAAAUCGACAUCAAGACCAACCAGGUUCUCCACUCGUGGAGUGCUCUCGACCACGAGGACCAGAUUCCUCUUACUACCUCCCACCAGGGUCUUGGCAAGGACGUUGGCACGCAGCAGUCUGACCCCUACGACGCCUACCACAUUAACGCUAUCGCCCCUACCAAUCACGGCUACAUGAUUUCCCUGCGCCACAUGUGGUCCGGCUACUACCUUGCCCAGAACGGCAGUGUGAUGUGGACCAUCGACGGCGAGGACGGCGGAGAUUUCAAACAAAUCAACAACCCACAAUUCUCUUGGCAGCAUGAUAUCCGUGUUUACAACGAGACUGACUCUGGUCUCGUUGUGAACCUGUUCAACAACGCCAACACACCCACCGAUCAAGAGUCCGAGACCACAGGUCUCAGCAUGGCCAUCGACCUGACCAAGAAGACCGUCACUGGUCUCCGCUCACUCACCGACCCCAACGACCCCAUCCACUCCGUCAGCCAGGGAAGCUACCAGCUCCUCGACGAGGUCGACAGCCACGUUUUCAUGGGCUACGGUUCCAUCUCCAAGGUCAAGGAGUUCGACGGUGACGACAACGUCGUUUUCAGCGCUCAAUUCGGCGAGGAUAACGCUGUUGCUUCUUACCGUGGUUUCCGCUGCCAGUGGGCUGCCACCCCUUUCUGGAACCCUUCUGUUGUCGUCUCCAAGACUGACUCUAAUAUCACUGUGUACAUGAGCUGGAAUGGUGCUACUGAGUAUGACAACUGGGUUGUUUACUCUGCUUCUGACAACACUACCUCCAGCACAAACACCAAGAUUGGUUCUGCGAACCGCGCUGGCUUCGAGACUUCUGUCACGGUGCCAAUUCCCACUGAAGCGUACAUUCAGGUUGUCGCUCAGCAGGGUGAUAACGUCCUCGGUACUUCCGAGUUUGUUACCUUCUAA